AUAACCCAAGUUGGAAAAAUAUCCAAACAAUAAACUAUGUCUAUCCAAUCAUCUUCUCUUGGUGUGCAUCCAUUUUCAUGAGCCCCACCUUACCCAUCAUCAUAUAUCCCACCAAACUAUUCGUUAUUUCUGCUCUUUCUCUCUCUCUCUCUGUGAGUUUGUUAUUUGUGGUUUUUGUUGGUUGUUAGUCCAAGAAGCUGAGCUUUGUCUGGGCGGAAAUGGGCAGGAAGUGCUCACAUUGCGGGAACAUAGGCCAUAAUUCAAGGACCUGCACCAAUUUCAGAGGCACUGUUGUUGGUGGACUUAGGCUAUUUGGAGUGCAACUUGACCAAUCUUCUUCUUCUAUUGCCAUGAAAAAGAGUUUUAGCAUGGAGUGUUUGUCCUCUUCUUCUUCUCCGUCUUCUUCUUCUUUGUGUUCUUCUCGAGUUUCCGUCGAUGAUAAUCCCGAUAGAACAUCCACUGGUUAUCUGUCAGAUGGACUCAUCGGCCCAAUCCAGGAAAGAAAGAAGGGAGUUCCAUGGACAGAAGAGGAGCACCGAACAUUUCUAAUCGGCCUUGAGAGGCUAGGAAAAGGAGACUGGAGAGGCAUCUCCAGAAACUAUGUGACUACGAGAACUCCAACCCAAGUUGCUAGUCAUGCUCAAAAGUACUUUCUUCGCCUUGCUAGCCUCAACAAUAAGAAACGGCGUUCGAGCCUCUUCGACAUGGUUGGGAGCAGCCAUCAAGCUAAUUAUAAUACUUGCAACUCCAAGCUCUGUGAUCCUGUUCCUAGUCAUCAAUAUUUGAAGCCAACAAGCUCUCAACAUGACACCAUUCUGCCUCCUCUUCUGGUAGGCCUUAACUCCUAUGAUAAUAAUCAAGAAACUGACUAUCCUCAUCAAUUAGCUUCUUGCCACCAUUCGUUACCUCUGCCAAAACCUUCAAACAGAUCAAAAUCAACAUCUUCAAAUGUAGCACACGUUGAUCUGGAGCUCACUCUCGCUGGUCCAACUCCUCUGGAAGGAGAUAAACCUUCCCCAAGUUCCUUCCUUAUCUCCAUAAGAGCUACCUAACUAGCUUGCUAAUUGACUGACAUCUAAGCUGAGAUGAUGAAGCUUUACAAAUAUAUGAUAUCAAUGUUAGUGCUAUUGAUUUCCGGUGUAGUCAUCCUGUGUUAAUAGAGAAAUUAAUAUUUCUAUCAAAUUUUCUUCUUGGAAAUUGAUCAAUAAGUAGAUCGAUCUGUUAAUAUGCAGCUAUUGAAGUUGUAAACUAGCUCAUACAUCUAAAUGAAUUAUUUAUAAUAAGUAUAAGAAUCUAUUAAAGUAUUCAUAAACCAGA